CCUCCCCGCAGCUUGAAGGCGGCGCUCAGAGAGCAAUGGCCGCCCCUAGGCCUGUUCUCAACUUCGCCUUUGUCCUCACUCCCUUUGAGCCUGGAGAAACCGCCUGCGGUUUAGGAUCCAAAUCCUUUUUAGGCCCGGGACUCUUGAAAUGGAAGGAAGAUUCUGACAGACGGAAAGGAAAUUGUGUGUCAUUCUCAAUUAACCAAACUUCCUUGAAAUACUAGGCACAAGGAAUACCUAGCAAUGCUUUACAAAGAAAGAAGAGAACACAAAUGGUGGGUUUUCUAGAUCACAUGACUAGUGCACAGCAACUCUUAAAAAACAGAGCCAGAAAGAACAAAACGGCCACCUGUAAUAUGACCUCUGAAAGGGUCAGGCAACAAUGACAAGUUUUCAAAAACGGCCCAAUAUGAUGAACAAUUCAUCAAUUUCUUGCUGAAAUAAUGCAACCGUGUUCUUGGUCUGAUCCUUCAUAAAGACGUUGGCAUUAAAUUAAUAACAAAAUCUGCCAACCCAGAAAGUUCUCUGUGCCGAUGUAGAAAGUAGGAGUUCCAUCAUAGAAGAAGCACCAAGCCACCCUACAGUGCCAAUCUUAGAUAAACUAUUGAGGAACCAGCAGAAGAAAGAAGCAUUGCUGAGUAGCCCCUCAGACACUGCAGGGUGCACGUGGUCUCAGGAGAAAGGGUGACUCCUCCUCCUUGGAAGGACUGCUCUUCAAGACUGGCUGCACCUUCUCCCAGGUAACCACAUGGGUGGCCGGGUCCUGGGGCUUGCCUCUGUGAGCCAUGCCAUCUGAAUCCGCUUUCUUCAAUCAACCAAGAGUGGAGGCCAGCCCCCAGCCUCCAUCUGCCAGCCCAAAGAGGAAGAGGGACUUGUCUUCGGAUUCUGAGGAUGACCUUGCAGAGCUUUGGGACCCUGAACCUGAGCCGGUGUGGUCAGUGGAGACACUGUAUGGGCUCAGGAUGAAGCUAAAGAGGCAGCGUGUGUCUACAGUGAGGCCUGAACACCACAAAGUCUUCGCCAGGCUGCUGGAGGAUCCCGUGGUGAAAAAAUUCCUCGCCUGGGACAAGAUGCUGAGAGUGUCUGAUAAGUACCUCCUGUCUAUGGUCAUAGCUUAUUUCAGCCGUGCAGGGCUCUUCUCCUGGCAGUUUAGGCCAAUCCACUUCUUCCUGGCUCUGUACUUGGCCAAUGACAUGGAGGAGGACAACCAGGCCCCUAAACAAGAUAUUUUUUACUUCCUCUAUGGGAAGAGCUAUGCCCAGCGCCCCAUAUUCCACAAACUGCGGUUCCAGCUCAUUUGGUCCAUGGACUGGAAGAUCUGGGUGUCCCAGGAGGAGUGUGAAGAGAUCCAAGCUUACAACCCAGAGCUGUGGGUGUGGGCACGGGAUCGCACCAACCUUACUUAGAACCCUAGAGCCAUGGAGCCUAAGUCCGUUGGCCUGAGUUAGGUAUGUCCUUGGUGUCUUUU